GGUUCCAAUGUCAGCGCUGUCCGAGUGAGCGGCUUGGCGCCGCCGCUGCGCGCCCCUGUGCCCUGCCGCUGCGCGCCCCUGUGCCCCGCCGUGCGCACGCAGCCCGCCGCUUACCGACUUUGUAGUGCUUGUAGUGGAAGGUGCGGCAUCAUGAUGUGGACAAGUGGUACACUUCUCUGCACUAGAUUUCUUAUGUGGCUUCUUCUCCUGUAUGUAUUCAUCAGGAAGGUAAUGCCUGAAGAUAACAUCAUUACAACGAGGAAAGGCAGAGUCAGAGGGACAAGCUUGCAGGUACUAGGGGGAACUGUGACAGCCUUCCUUGGAAUACCUUAUGGACAGCCACCCAUUGGUCAACUGAGAUUCCGAAAGCCAGAACCUCGUGAGUCAUGGUCAGACAUUUGGGAUGCCACAAGGCAUGCAAACUCUUGUUACCAGCUUAUAGACACAACCUUCCCAGGAUUUGCUGGGUCAGAGAUGUGGAAUCCGAAAACUAACCUAAGUGAAGACUGCUUGUACCUUAAUGUAUGGAUCCCUUCUCCCAAACCCAAGAACGCAACUGUCAUGGUCUGGAUAUAUGGAGGUAGCUUUGAGUCUGGAUCAACGUCCCUACCUGUCUAUGAUGGCAAGUUUCUGGCCAGGGCUGAAAGAGUGAUUGUAGUUUCCAUGAACUACAGGACUGGUUCAUUAGGAUUUUUGGCUUUGCCAGGAAACCAGGAAGCUCCUGGAAAUGCAGGUUUAUUUGAUCAAAGAUUGGCACUUCAGUGGGUCCAGGAAAACAUAGCAGCCUUUGGAGGCAAUCCAAAAAGCGUGACCAUAUUUGGAGAGAGUGCUGGCUCUGUUUCUGUCAGUUACCACAUCCUGUCUCCCCAGAGCCAUCCUUUAUUCACCAGAGCCAUCAUGCAGAGUGGAUCUGCAAAUGCCCCUUGGGCUGCAGUCACAGCAGUUGAAGCCAGAAACCGAACAGUGGCUUUAGCUAAAGCACUUCAGUGUCCCACCAGCAACGAAGCAGAGCUAAUUCUCUGCCUCCGAGACAAGGACCCAAACGAUCUCCUGGAGAAAGAAGUUUUUGCUGUAGCACAUGACCCUCUGUUACGUGUAUAUUUCCAACCCACUGUAGAUGGGGAUUUUCUCUCAGAUAUGCCAGAAGCACUGAUUGAGAGUGGCCUCUUCAAACCAACACAGAUCUUAAUUGGUGUCAAUAAAGAUGAAGGGUCAGCGUUUCUAGUAUAUGGACUCCCAGGCUUCAGCAAAGAUCAUGACAGCCUGAUCAAUCAAACUGAAUUUAAAACAGCUUUAACUCUGUCCUUCCCAGAGGCCAGCCAGCUGGCAGUAGAAGCAAUCAUUUUUCAGUACACAGACUGGGAAAAUGAGCAAAAGGCGGAACACUACCGUGAUGCCAUGGAUGAUGUUGUCGGUGACUACAACAUCAUAUGUCCUGUAGUGGAUUUCGCUACAAAAUUUGCACAACAAGGGCACAAGGCCUUCUUUUAUUUCUUUGACCAUCGAUCAUCAAAGCUUCCCUGGCCAGAGUGGAUGGGAGUGAUGCACGGUUAUGAGAUCGAGUUUGUGUUUGGACUGCCCCUAGAGAGAAGAGUCAACUACACCAAAGCUGAACAAGCCCUAAGCCGCUCCAUGCUGAGACACUGGGCCACUUUUGCAAAGACUGGAGCUCCAAAUGGGACCCUGAUUAGCGGAGGACAGUGGCCAGCCUUCACCAGCACCCAGCAGCAAUGCCUGACAUUGAACACCAGCGCUCCAGAGGUACUGACAAAGUUACGUGCUCAGCACUGCCGCUUCUGGAGCACUUUUUACCCCAAAAUCCUGGAACUGACAGGAAAUAUUGAUGAAGCAGAACGGGAGUGGAAAGCAGGAUUCCGUCGCUGGAACAAUUACAUGUCAGACUGGAAAAAUCAAUUUAAUGAUUACACCAGCAAGAAGGAGAGAUGUGCAGGCUCUAAUUAAUAUGUUUACCCUCUCCACUAUGUCUGUAUUACUGCUCAUCAGGCAAAUAUACAAGUAGCUUUCUAACACAUCUAGCAUUAAAUAUGUUACGCAGAUUAAAAGAGUUUUAUGAUAUCCUUUUGAUUCCCCAGACCCUUGAUUUAUAUUUUACCUCGUAUCUCAAUAAACAAUAUCAGGCAUCCGCAGCCUUUGAAGCUUCACUGUGCUAGAUAGGACUACAGAGAUUAAAGUCUGAAGAUUAAUGAUGUACAUAUUAUUAUAAACACUGGCUGCUGCAAUUCACACUUCAAAGCAACAAUGUAAUCUGUUACAGACAAAUGGAUUUUGGGCUAAUAGGAAUAGCAGUGUUUUACAGGGCUGCCAUGCAAAACACAAUUGGCUUUGAUCUUUAACUGCGAUGCCACCGUGCUUAAGCCUUGCUUCAGACAUCAUUUCAUUGACAUAAACAUAAAGAGAUAAUAACUUUGCUGGACACAGCAAAUGAUAUUUGCUUGUUAGACCAAAAAGUUUUAAGACUGCCAUUAAACUCCAAAUCAUUGCUGCUUUAUGGCCAAACCUGUGGCACAAUCCACAGUCAGAGACUAUUCAGACUGGGUAUUGAAGGCCUAAAUCAUUGGCACUCUAUGUGCAAAUGCAACGGUGAAACAAGCCAGAAGAAUUGAUGCCUCUGCUGCUUCUCUCUUCAUUUUUCAAAGAGGAAAGACCUACAAGUUCACAAACUCACAGCUUGCCCUUCUCAGGCACCCAAUGUCUUCAAUUGUCCCUGCUAUGAAUGCUGCUUUAUGGCCAAGCCUGUGGCACGAUCCACAGUCAGAGACUAUUCAGACUGGGUAUUGAAGGCCUAAAUCAUUGGCAAUCUGUGUGCAAAUGCAGUGGUGAAACAAGCCAGAAGAAUUGAUGCCUCUGCUUAUUCUCUCUUCAUUUUUCAAGGAGUAAAGACCUACAGGUGCACUAACUCACAGCAUGCCCUUCUCAGGCACCCAAUGUCUUCAAUUGUCCCUGCUAUGAAGGUAAGCUCCAGUUAUAGUGUUUUUUGUCCACCAAGCUGCCUCCUAGUCAAGGGAUGGCUGCACGAUUGCUGCAAGAGAGUAUUGCUCUGCAUAUCAGCAGGCUCAUCAGGAAACAGCCCUGAGAGCCCCGCUCAGCCAGCCCACUCUCAGCUGGGGAGUGGGACCUGGCUACAAAGUCUUUGCUUCUCUUGAAGAAAGCUGGGGAGGGUAACACUGCAGAGAGACAUUGUGACCUUGUUGGAAAGGACCCAGCUCUUUGACAUGGUCAAGUGAUCUCCAGUUGCCAUGCAAGUAGGCAUCUUCAGGACCCUUUCUACCUACUUCAGCUGAAUCUAUUAGAAGCUUCUAAAAAAAGCCCUGGAUAAUUCUACAUCCUACUUCUCUGCUUCUGGAUGGGGUUGGAAGUUGUAUGCCUGAAUAACACCUUAAUUGGCUGCUUUUCACUGGCCCAACUGGGAAGAAUAAAUGCCAAAGUUUUGAUAAAUAUAAGGAGUAUGUAAAAGCAGCAACCCAUCUCAUAAAUAAAUUAUCCUGAAGCUCUCUGUAAAUGCAGCAGCAUUGCAGUGCAUCCAUUUUCUGUUCUAGUGAUUGCGAGCUCUUGCAGAAUUCCUCCUCAAAUUGAGGAGACUGGAGAGAUUGAGGUAAUGAACAGAGAGGCUUCUCCUUCUGGUAAGCAGUUUGACCAAACAGCAUCCCUACACUGAAAGGAUUUAUUUUUGCAGAAAGACCAAAUUCUGCAAUUUCAGUUUUGGUUUGUUUUUUUCUUUCCUAAGAAAAGUCAUUACCCAGCUAAACUAUGGCAAAAAUCACCUUUUAGCACAGUAUUUCCAAAGACCACAAUCAAAAGCAACCUGGACACUUCUGAGCAAGCUGAUUAAAACUUGAAAUUAUCUGGAAUUAAAAAGCCUUCUUUAUGCA